UUCCGCAUGUCCGUAUCACGCCCCCACCUCAUAAUCGUGCACACGUGCGAAAUGCAUUUUCCACAAAAUCUGUUCCUCCGUCACAGCUAAUGGUGCAGGUGUUUUCAUAUUCAACUUUUCUAGUCUCAAAUUUUCGCAUAUUUUCAACGUUUUUCUUAAAUUUGUGAUCCAGCAUGGUACAAAACGACAGUUCAAACUCAGGAGAUGAAAGUGCGCCGAUCGUCGUGGCCCCCAACCCGGCCAAGGGCAUUCCCACGGGGAAGUACCGGCUGGUGGGCUGGGGGGUGGACACGACUGGCCGCCGUCUCAUCGACGAGAUCUGCCAGAUCGCCGCCUACAGCCCCUCGAGCCAGUUCUCUCAGUACAUCAUGCCCUUCUCGGACCUCAACCCUUCCUACCGGCGCAAGCACAGCAUCCGCGUGGUCAACACGGGCCGCUACCGGAUGCUCAAAGACAUGCGUUCGAACAAAUUCGUCAAGACUAAGAGCGACGUGGCGGCCCUCACAGAUUUCCUCAACUGGCUGGAAAAGGUGCGGGGCGACGCCGACGACGGCAUCAUCCUCAUCUACCACGAGAUCCGCAAAGCCUCCCCCGGUAUGCUUCUCGAGGUGCUUCGCAGGUACAGCCUUCUAGACCGGUUCAGCAAGAUCGUCAAGGGCUUUGCGAACGGUUUCAACAUUGCUCAAGCGAAAUGCGCUAAAACUACCAAAUCGUUCAGUCUGAGAGUUAUGUCCAAAGUGCUCCUGAAUCGCGAGGAUGAGGAUUUUUCAAGCGCCGUCGACAGGGCGAGGGCUUCGUACGAAAUCGCCGCGCAUUUAGCUCAAGGCGAGCGCCAGGACUUGGACGAAAAGAAACCCACAGGAACGGAACCUGAAAUUAUCAAUUUUGUUUGCCCUUUUGUUAAUCCGAUUUCAGCAGAAGAAGAAGAAAUUGCUCAGUUUAAGGUGUUGCUGGAAAGGCAAAAUACUUUCCGCCCCGUUUUUGGUGCCUUAUUGAGAGCGAGUCGCCCAGAAAGACAACAUGCGACUCAUUUGAGACGACUUUUGGCCGAAAAUAAUAUUAAUUAUGAUAAGUUGAAGCAGGCAUAUGAGAAUGGUGCUAAGGAUGGAUUAGACAAGGUGCUAAAAAGUGAGGUGGCGAACGCUAAAGAGACUGAAUUGAACGAGCUAUUGGACAUUUUGGAUUGUUUCUUCGAUCCAGAGAAGAAGGCGGUUCAGCCCAAGCCGCGGUAUUAUCAAAACCAGAACAACAAUAGGAAACCUCGAGGUACGAGAAAAUCCUUCAACAAGGAUAGAAAUUCAGAGUCAACGAGUAGUCCGAACGUGUCGUCUGAUAAUCCGAUAGAGAAAACUGGAACGGAAUCUGAAAAAGAGAAGACUGUAGAAGUGCAAUAAUUGUGCCUUUGACAAUUUUUCGUUGAUUUUUUUUACACUUCUUUCGUUGCUUUAUUAAUCAGUUAAGAAUUUUUUAUUUUAUUUGUAAUUAUUAUUAAUGCGUAAUUUUUUUAAUUUAACGAAAGGUGUGUUACUUUAUGAAUAAUUGUGUUAAUAUUUUCGGAGUUUAUUUGCAUUUUGUGGAGAAAAUCUUAAGUUUAGAGAAGUCAUUGUUGAUCGUGAUAAUGAGAUAAUAUAUUGCAAUUAUUAUAUAUUAAGUUUGAUAAUGGGUGAUUUUUCUGUGACAAAUUUGUUUAAUAUUUGUUACAUACCUGUUAUUUAUUAAAAAAUAUAACUAUUAACGAUA